AUGUCUGGUUUGCUGAUGCGGCUGCUGCAGUGCGUGGUGUUCUGCUCGGUGCUGCUGCAGGCGGCGGCUGUGACCAGGACAUACUUUAUCAGAAUCGAGGAAACAAACUGGAACUAUGCCCCGAGCGACAUGAACAUGGUCCAUAACCGGACGCUGGCGGAAGACGAAGAUGCCUCGGUAUUCCUGAAGCGCGGCCCUCAGAGGAUCGGCUCCGUGUACAAAAAGGCGGUUUACAAACAGUACACGGACGCUCUGUACAGGACUGAGAUCACGAAGCCGCAGUGGCUGGGUCUGCUGGGCCCUCUGCUCAUGGCCGAGGAGGGCGACACCAUCAAGGUCCAGCUCCGAAAUGCUGCCUCCCGCCCCUACAGCAUCCACCCCCAUGGCCUCAACUACAGCAAGGGCAAUGAGGGAGCCUUCUACCCUGACGGCACCAACCUGAAGCAGGACGACGCAGUGCCCCCUGGUGGCACUGUGGUGUAUGAGUGGACUCUCCCUGAAUCUCAUAGUCCAACAAAUGAUGACCCAAACUGCCUCACGCGCUUCUACCACUCACACACCUACGCCAUCAAAGACAUCGCCUCAGGACUCAUCGGGCCCCUGCUCAUCUGCAAGAGAGGGACCUUGGAUCUCCAUGGAGACAGCUCUGGAGACUACAUCUACUCUUUGCUCUUCAUGGUGCUGGAUGAGAACAUGAGCUGGUAUCUGGACGACAACAUUCGCUCCUACAUCACGGCUCCCAUCAAGUCUCUGAAGGAGGACGAGGACUUCAUGGAGAGCAACAAGAUGCACGCAAUCAACGGUUUUGUGUUUGGGAACCUGCCUGGACUGAGCAUGUGCCAAGGAAACAAGAUCUUCUGGCAUCUGAUGACACUUGGCAACGAGGGGGACAUGCACUCGGUCCACUUCCACGGACAGGUCCUGACCUCGCAGCAGCACCACACAGACACCAUCAGUCUGUUUCCUGGUUCCACCGCAGCGGCAGAGAUGAUGGCGGACAAUGUGGGCCACUGGCUUCUGUCCUGCGACGUCAACGACCACCUCAUGGCCGGGAUGCAGGCUUUUUUUGAGAUCAAGAAGUGUUUCCCAAACGUGCAUAAGCCCCGCCCAGUCGGAGAAACACGAGAAAUGUUUAUCGCAGCAGAAGAAGAAGUCUGGGACUACGCCCCCAACACUCCCACUGAGAGUGAAGCAGAGCGGUUCGUGGCCAGAGGAGCUCAGAGAAUCGGGAGUCGAUAUAAAAAAGCUCGAUACGUGGAAUACACCGACAGCAGCUUCCUCACCAGGAUGUUGAGGAGCCCAGAGGAACUGCACCUCGGCAUUCUGGGCCCUGUGAUCCGAGCCCAGGAGCGAGACACCAUCAGAGUGGUGUUUAAGAACAAAGCCAGUCGUCCGUUCAGCAUCCAGCCUCACGGCGUACAGUACGAGGUGGAGCAGGACGGAACGCUCUACCACAACGAGAUCGAGGAGACUCACACUGAGAAGAGACUACGGGAGCUGAAGAAACUACCGCGAGUAGUGACCCCUCUGGCCGCGGCCAUGGUUCGUCCUGGGACAGUGCACACGUAUGAGUGGACCGUCCCGAUCGGAGCCGGUCCAGUGGAGGGAGAAGCCGACUGCCUAACGUACCUGUACUACUCUGCGGUGGAUCCAGUCAGAGACACCAGCUCCGGACUGGUGGGCCCUCUGCUCAUCUGCAAGACCGACACACUCAAGAAGGGAGCACAGAAAAACUAUGAUAAAGAGUUCCACCUUUUGGCUUCGAUCUUUGACGAGAACCUGAGCUGGUACCUGGACGACAACAUCAAGACUUUCACCACGAGUCCAGCGGCGGUGAGGAAGGACAACGAGGACUUCAAGGAAAGCAACAUGAUGCACUCCAUAAACGGCUUUGUGUUCCGGAACGUUCCGGGUCUGAGCAUGUGCAAAGGGGACAAGGUGUCGUGGCAUCUGUCGGGUUUGGGCUCAGAGAGCGACAUCAACAGCCUGCACUUCGAGGGGAACCGCUUCUUGUUCCGACAGAACCGAAAAGACAGCAUCAGCGUCUUUCCCCACGUCUCCCACACUGUCACCAUGGAGCCCGACAGCAUGGGCCAGUUUGAGGUGUCGUCUCCCACGGUCAGUAACUACGAAGGCGGGAUGCGAGCCAACUACACGGUGCAGAAGUGCAGCAUGUUCCAGAGACAAGGGGAGACCAUGCUGCAUUCUAAGACCUACUACAUCGCAGCGGUGGAGCUGGACUGGGACUACGCCCCCAACAGGACUUGGGAGGAACAGCUCUUCCAAAACAACAAUAAUCCAGCCACAGAGUUCCUGGACAAAGACAAUGGAUACAUUGGCUCGCGUUACAAAAAAGUGGUUUACCGUCAGUACACAAAUGACAAGUUCACCAAGGCCGUGGAGAGACCUCCGGACAUGCAGCACCUCGGCAUUAUGGGUCCCAUGAUUCACGCAAACAUUGGAGACAAAGUGAAAGUGGUUUUCAAAAACAUGGCAUCUCGCCCGUAUUCGAUCCACGCAUACGGAGUGAAGACCGAGAGUCCAAGCGUGCACCAGACAGGACCAGGUGAGACUCACAGCUACUACUGGUACGUGAACAAAAACUCUGGUCCCACAGCGGAACAAGAGGAGUGCUCCGUGUCGGCCUACCACUCGACUGUGGACCUGACUAAAGACCUGUACAGUGGCCUGAUUGGUCCAUUGGUCAUCUGUCGCCGCAGCUGGGCCAGGAGUUUGGGACUGAAAAAAGAAGUGGAGGAAUUUGCGACUCUCUUCCUCAUUUUUGACGAGAACGAAAGCUGGUAUUUGGACGAAAACAUCAGGACUAACGUCAGGAAUCCGAGACCAAACCUGAAGGACGAAGAAGGGUUUAGGGAGAGCAACAUGAUGCACGGCAUCAAUGGCUUUGUGUAUGGGAACGUGCCGGGCCUCAGUAUGCAGGUGGGGGAUAAGGUUUACUGGUACCUGCUCGCCAUGGGAACCAACCUGGACAUACACUCAGUGCACUGGCACGGGCACAGUGUGGAGUACAAGCUCGGAGGAGGGCCUCAUCGCACGGACGUCUUCGAACUGUUUCCUGCAGUUUUUCAGACAGUGAAGAUGCGUCCUCAGUUCCCUGGGACCUGGCUGUUCCACUGCCAUGUGGCCGACCACCUGAAGGCCGGGAUGCAGGCUCUGUACACCGUCAGAGAGAAAGAUAAGAAGAAAGGCAUUUUUGGAUAA